GUCUCGGUCCGGCUUUGCUCGGCGGAGCUUAGAGCGAAAGAAGGUAGUGGUUUGCUCCCCAGAGGCGGCGGCGGAGCAUGGCUCUCUCGGUGCCCGUCAACGGGGUGAAGGAGGAGGGCGGCAGGGAGCCCCUCAUUGAGCUCUUCGUCAAGGCCGGUAGUGAUGGUGAAAGCAUAGGGAAUUGUCCCUUUUCUCAGAGACUCUUCAUGAUCCUGUGGCUCAAAGGAGUGGUAUUUAGUGUCACGACAGUUGACUUAAAAAGGAAGCCUGCGGACCUUCAGAACCUGGCUCCAGGGACUCACCCGCCCUUUAUAACUUUCAAUAAUGAGGUGAAAACGGAUGUAAACAAGAUUGAAGAAUUCCUUGAAGAUGUCCUCUGCCCACCCAAGUAUGCAAAACUUUCACCGAAACAUCCAGAAUCAAACACGGCGGGAAUGGACAUCUUUGCUAAAUUUUCCGCAUUUAUCAAGAAUUCCAGACCUGAAGGAAAUGAAGCCUUGGAGAGGAGCGUCCUAAAAACUCUGCAAAAGUUGGAUGAGUACCUGAACACACCUCUUCCGGAUGAAAUUGAUGAAAACAGCAUGGAGGAUGUGACCGUUUCCACACGCAAAUUUCUGGACGGAGAUGAGAUGACACUAGCAGAUUGCAAUUUGUUGCCCAAACUACAUAUUGUCAAGGUUGUGGCCAAAAAGUACCGUAACUUUGAAAUUCCCAAGACAAUGACUGGGAUUUGGAGAUACCUGACGAAUGCCUACAGCCGCGAUGAAUUCACCAACACUUGUCCCGGAGACAAAGAGAUUGAAAUAGCUUACAGCGAUGUAGCUAAGAGACUCACAAAAUAAGCAUUCACACUUUCAUAACGAAAAGCUUCUUUUAACAGACCGGCUCCCCUUUUUGUCCUUUUUAAGAUAGCAAUUUACUUUGCAUGUACUUGCAGUUACUCAGUGUUACAUCAGGUAGAACAGGUACAGUAAUUUGUUUUUUUUUUAAAUAUGCAAAUGGAUAUUAUGCCACUUGAUUGUUUUGCCUCCUGCGGUGAAGGUGAAUGCAGUGUUUAUAAUGUUGCCAUGAAGCAAUUUUUGGAGUCUGUCCAGAAUAGCCGAGUGGAAUCCUACUUGCUCCUAUGGUCUGUAGGUAUUGGGGCCCAUGUUAGUGUGAGACUCAGGUUUCACAAUGAGAGGAAACAAGGGGCAAAGCUUUUCCUGAACUCAGUUAUGUUAGACAAAAUGGGAUUGAUGUUGGAAAACUCUUUUCUUCUUUGCUUCUUGCUCACUCAGAGGAAGGAUUUGUCCUACCUGUUUUGAUGACGUGUUUUUACAUGCAGAUAGUUCUUUUUCACUUGGGCAACAUCUCCCAACCUUUUGCCUAACAGUUCAGUCAAGGGACAGCUUUACUUCUUAAUAUUCCAGACCACACGAAGUGGCCCUUAGAUUUUAGAUUAGAUGUGGGAUUCUUAGGGUGGUCUACAGAGCACAGUUGGCUGGUGGUUCAAGGAUUUUAAAGUGAACUUUGGGGUGUCCCGAAGCAGUCUUGCACACCAGAGCAACAGUCCUCCUGAAACAGUGCACCACUUGGACUGUCCAAACAGGGCAGGAAAGGUAGCCUCACUCAAAAGAACCACUUGCAAAAUGCAUGGCUCAUGUACAAAA